AAUCAGCUUGGGCUUCCAGAGCCUCCACCUCAGGAACAGGGAAGGCCGUGCACCCAUGCACUUGGGGUACAAAUGCUCCCAAAGCCGCACCCCUGCCUUACCAAUCAUUAAUCACCCUGGGCCGACAAGGAGCAAGCAGCGAGCAGGAAAAGGCCAGGUCUCCACAGCCCCCACGGGAGCAGCAGGAAGCAGCACUGACCGGUUCCCUGGGGUGGCAGCUCAUUCUCCGACCACCCUCCCCUGGGAGGCCCUGUGGAGGUGGCCAGUCCUGCACGAACUGCCCUUUGCUUCAGGAAGGUCACUCAGUCCAGGGAGCGAGAGGCUCUGCCUGUUCCUGGGAGCUGCUGGGCUACGCUUGAGGUGGGGGCUCUGAAGAGGAGUUUCUGGCUGGCUGUACCGCAGCCCUCAUCUCCUCACCAUGCAGCACAAGGCAUUUUGGAGUGCCCUGGAGUAUACCUGCCGAUUGCUGGGCAUCUCCACCGCAGCAGUGCUGAUCGGUGUGGGCGUAGAAACUCUGCAGCGAGGACAGUUCAAAAGCCUGGCUUUCUAUCUGCUUUUUUCAGGGGUUGCAGUUACUGUCUGUGAAGGCUUCUUCUUUAUCAGUUUGUUCCUGGAGAUAUGCUUCACUCACAAGCCUGAAUCCCUGGCACAGGCCUGCUGGAAGCGAGCUAGACGCCCAGGGAGCUUCCAGAAAUUCCUGGGGUACACGCUGCUCUCAGUGGCUUGCUUCCUGCAUCCCGUCCUCGUCUGGCAUGUCACCAUCCCUGGGUCCAUGCUGGUGCUCACUGCCCUGGCCUACUUCCUGCUGAGCAAGAGGAGGAAGAGUCCUGGGCACAAAGAGACGCAUGCCCAGGCGGGCCAGUACGUGGACCCUUCGGCCACUGAGGCAGCCCCAACCAUCAUUGGUGACACUGAGCAGACCUACACCUUCCAUGGGGCCCAGAGGGAGCAGCACUGCUCACUCCUGGGCCAUAUGAAGAGCAUCCUGAAGGGCAGCAAGGACCAGCCAGCAGCCGUGCCAGUCCCUCGCAAGCAAGUGCACUUUCAGGAGAAGGUGGUGCAGAUCAUCCCCUCUGUCAGCGAGAACUUGGAGGAUGUGGAGAGUGAGGCUGAGGAGACCACAUCGGACACAACACCCAUCCUCACCCCACCUGAUGCCCCCAUCAUCCUCGCUCCUCUCAGCUCUGCUGGCCUCUUUUGAGCCCUCAGCAGGAACCAGGACAGGACAGACCUGCUACCCUGGAACGGAUAGAUGCUCCAGCAGCAGCCAAAGGGCCCCAGGAGGUGGCCCUUUCUGCCUUCCAUACUUUUGGGGUGACAACUGUGCCACCCCCUCUUAGAGGGGCUGCCUGCACUACCUGGUCACACGCGUUGUGCAGGGCCAGGGGACAGGCAGUGGUUCAGCCAGGGCAGUGCCAGCACAGCAAGGUUUCUGCUCCCACAGCCUCAUACACGUGUCACAACCCUGUUCAGCACUACACGCCACUGCAGUGCUCCUGCCUGACAUCUCAGCCAUGGCCUGUGCCUCCUUUCUGGCAGCAACAGGCAGGAGGAGGGGAGACUGCCAUGCCCCAGAGCACCUUCUCCUGGGGCACUUGUGUCCCUCUGGUCCUCGCUGCACAUUGCAGAGCUCGGGGCUGGGCCACAUUCAGCACAGGGCACUGCAGCCCGUGGGUUCCCUCACAGCACCUGCAUCCGCUGUAGCAGCUUGAGACAUCCAAAACAUUAUUUCAGAAAUGGGCCGACACCAAGCACACCCCUGGCCCUAGCACCUGCUUAGUACCUCCCCAGGCACUCUCUGAGCCCAGCAGGGAAAUAAUCUCUGGCCCUGGGGACACCUAAGCAGGAGCAGAGGCCUUCGAGGUGUCCCCUGCUUGGACAGCCCCCUUGAAUUAGAAGAACUUUGGGAUGAUAUAGCAGCCCAGGUCCUGAGGUUCAGCAGCAUGCCAGCACAGCAGACUGUGUGUAACUUCAGUGUGUGUAGUUAUGGCCCCCAGAGGGCAAAGGCAAUAAUAAAAUUACCAUACUGUCC